AUGGACAGCCGUCGUGCCGUAAAGUCCCUCCUCUUCCUCUUCCUCUCCCUCCUGUGCCCCCUCCUCGCCACCGCAACGGUCGCGGCGUCCCAAACAGGACGGCGGCCGUUCGGAGAUGGACAAGUCGCUCGCUCGCCGAUGGCGAACAAGAGAUCGGCCGAGUCCAGGUUUGUCGUUCCGCCCCAGCGCCCCCCCGUCUUCAACGCGACGGCCGAAUCCAUCUUGGCCGACGUGGAGAAGCUCAAGAGCUUGGUGAGGGGCGUCUACGACAAGAUCGUUGCCGAGGUGCACCCUGACCAUGCCAACUUUGGCAAUGUCAUGGAGCCGAUGCUGCAGAGCCAAAACCUUUGGCGUGAGGGGACCAUACCGCUGUGCCUGUACCAGCACAUCUCCACCAAUGCCUCUCUACGCGAAGCGUCGAGCAAGGCCGAGAAGCUGGUGGCCAAGUUCCACCUCGAAAUGGUGAUGCGCGUCGACGUCUUCAAGCUCGUCGAUGCCGUGAACAGCAGGAAGUCGUCGGAGAAUCUGACGCUGGAGCAGCACCGCGUGCUGGAAAGGGAGUACUUGAAGCGUGUCUACAAAGGCCUCCUCCUGCCUUCCGACCGUCAGCGCCUCGAAUUGGAAGAGCAGGAGAAUCGUUUGACCAAGUUGAGGGUCGACGCGCACAAAAACCUUGGCGGGGACAACAAAGAAAUCUGGUUCACGCGAGAGGAGCUCGAGGGCGUGCCCGCGGCCGAAAUUGACCUCGGCCAACUCCAGAAUGGCACCGGAGAGAACGAGGGUAAAUUCAGGCUGACGUUCAAGCACCCCCAUUCCGUCCCCCUGAUGAAGUAUGCCACUCGCGAAGACACUCGGCGGCGGUACAGCAUGGCCGAUGCGAACAAGGCCAUCGCCAACGUACCCCUUUUCCGGGAAAUGGUCGUGAUCCGGGACAAGAUGGCUCGCUCGCUCGGAUACGUCAACUAUGCCAGCCUGCGGAUCGAGUCGAAGAUGGCCAAGACGACGCAGCACGUCUACGACUUCUUGAACGACCUACGAAAGAAGCUGGCACCGGGGAGUGCCGAGGAGGCCAACCGUCUCCUCGAGUGCAAACGACGUGACUUUGAGCGCCGGAACGAAACCUUUGAUGGCACGUUUUACGUCUGGGACAUCGCGUAUUACUCGCGAAUCAUGAAGGAAGAGGAGUACGACGUCAGCGAUCAGGAGAUCGCCGAGUACUUUCCCCUCAACUCUACCCUGACCGGCAUGCUAAGCAUUUUCGAGGAUCUCUUCGGCCUCCGCUUUGUCCGAGUCGAGGCCGGGGACCGAGCGGUGCUGAGCCCGACGGGCAAGGCCGAAGACAUUGUCUGGCACCCAGACGUUGCCCUGUACGCCGUUUGGAACGACGAGGAGGCAGGCGGCGACUUCCUGGGCUACCUGUACAUGGACCUGCACCCCCGCCCCCACAAGUACGGCAACAACGCAAACGCCGGCAUCAUCCCUGGCUUCAGCCUUGGGGAGGGCAAGACGAAGGCUAGAAACUACCCCGUGACGGUGCUCAUCUGCAACUUCAGCGGCCCGACCAGGAGCACACCGGCGCUCCUCAAACAUCGAGAAGUCGUCACCCUGUUCCACGAACUUGGCCACGGCAUCACGGAUCUCGUCAGCCAAACUCGCUACAGCGAAGUCCACGGCAACCGCGUGUCCGAAGACUUUCUCGAAACGCCGUCGCAGAUGCUCGAGAACUGGUGCUGGGACCAGAGCGUCCUCCGCCGUCUGUCCUCUCACUGGGAAACGAAGGCGCAGAUCCCCGAUGCCAUGACGGAGCGCCUCGUCAAGUCGAGAGAAUUCAACUCGGUGAUCGGCCACCAGCAGCAGCUCUUCCUCAGCCUCUUCGACAUGGCCGUUUAUACGCCCCAGUCGGCCGAGGAGCUGGAGAAGAUGGACAUUCCCAAGCUUUGGUUCGAUCUACGGAAGGGAACCUCGAGCAUCGUGGAGCCCAAGGAGUGGUCCAACAGGUUCGGCGCCAUCGGUCAAUUCUUCCACAGCUACGAUGCCGGCUACUACGGAUACCUCUAUUCCAAAGUCUUUUCCGCCGACAUGUUCGACGCGAAAUUCAAGGCGAACCCCAUGAACCGCACCGAGGGCCGCAGGUAUCGCCAGAUUGUGCUCGAGCGUGGCGGCAGCAUGGAUGAGAUGUCGAUUCUGAAAGAAUUUCUGGGUCGCGAGCCCAAGUCGGACGCAUUUUCCCAACUACUGGGCAUUUCUCAGUAG